CCUCCGUCCACCACCCAACCCCCCAUCCCUCGCCAUGGCCUCAAUGGCUGCUCUCCACCCUUAUGGGCCAUUGGCUCGAUCCGCUCGGACCGGCAUCUCCUACGUCCCUCGCCGCACCCUAACCUACACCCUCCCCCGUCGAGCCCAAGAAGACGGCGACAACAACAACAACACCCCUCCCACCGAGAAGCCCUCCAAACCAUCCGCCCUCUCCAGCAUCAAGAACUUCUUCCUCGGCGGCUCCAAGGACGCCAAACCGACGAUCACGCGGCGGUCGACCGCCCCGCCCAAACGCGAGGGCUCCCUCGGCGCAGACUCCAUCUUCGCAGAGGAGGAAGCCGGCCCCAAACUGAUCCCUAGCGGUCGGAUGCCCGCCCGCAAACAGGAUGCCGAGCUCACCCCGACGGAGGCCGAAGAAGGCGCCAUGGCAGCCGAGGCCCGCAACCGCGAGACCAUGGCGCCGGUGCUGGAUCCGCGCCCGCAGGCCCGCAUCCGCUGGGAGCGCAAGAUGGUCAUCCGCGAGAUCCGCCACCGGGGCCGGCUCAGCAAGCCGCAGCAGAUUCUGCGCUCCGAGCGCGAGUCCCUGUCCAAGUCGCACUGGUUCAAGACCUCCGUCAAGAAGCUGGGCCCCCUGGCGCGUCAGAUUGCCGGCAAGAACAUCGACGAGGCGAUGCUGCAGAUGCGGUUCAGCAAGAAGAAGGCCGCGAAGGAUGUCCUCGAGCACCUCAAGCACGCUAAGAACGUCGCCGUCGUCCGCUCCGGUAUGGGCCUCGGCCUGACCGGUGAGGCCAACGCGCCGACCAAACCCGUCAACGUCGUCCUCAAGUCCGGCGAGCGCAAGGCCAUCGCCGACCCGACGUCCAUCUACAUCGACCAGGCGUGGGUCAACCGCGGACCCUACGGCGUCGACUACGACCACCGCGCGCGCGGCGUCAUCCACCUGAUGCGUCCGCCUUACACGUCCCUCUCCGUCGUGCUCAAGGAAGAGAAGACGCGGAUCCGCGAGUGGCAAGACCGCGACGCCAAGGCGCUUCGCCAGCGCAAGUCCCAGCUGUGGACGCAGCUGCCGGACCGGAAGAUUUCCGCCCAGAACCAGUACUAUAGUUGGUGAUUUCACGGAUUUAUCUCAUUUCAUCUCGCCCUUUUUCCUUUUGUUUUGUCUAUUCGGCGUUAGUGUAUGUAUAUCUUAGACAUUUCAAGGAUUGUCCCGUGGUGUCGAACAGCGUAUUCUGGCUGCAAGAUUGGA